CCGGCCGCCCCUUAUAAGAGACACAAUCCCCAGCCGGCGGUUUGCAAAAGGGGCCUUUGCAAGGCAGGCAGCGCACACGCGAGCGCCACGAGCCUCCCCGCAGCCCGGUGCGCAGGGGGGCCGAGGAGGGGGGCAGAGAGGGAGAAAGCGCCGCGCUCUCUCCGUCCCCCUGCGAGUCCCGCCGCCGCCUCAGCAGCAGCAGCAGCAGCAAGCGGCCGCCGCGCGCCCGCCCGCCCCGCGCGCCCCGUCUCGCCCGCCGCUGGCUGCCAAUGGCCAGCGCCAGCCCUGCCAAGAUGGACAGCGGCGCCAGCCAGUUCCUGCAGCCCGCCUGCUUCUUCGCCGCCGCCCAGAGCGUGCCGCCGCCGCCGCCGCCGCCGCUGAGCCCGGCCGGCCGCCAGCCCUCGCCGGCCAGCAAGGCGGCGGCGGCGCCCAAGCCCGUCAAGCGGCAGCGCUCGUCCUCCCCGGAGCUGAUGCGCUGCAAGAGGCGGCUCAACUUCAGCGGCUUCGGCUACAGCCUCCCGCAGCAGCAGCCGGCGGCCGUGGCGCGGCGGAACGAGCGGGAGCGGAACCGGGUGAAGCUGGUGAACCUGGGCUUCGCCACCCUCAGGGAGCACGUCCCCAACGGGGCGGCCAACAAGAAGAUGAGCAAAGUGGAGACGCUGCGCUCGGCCGUCGAGUACAUCCGCGCCCUGCAGCAGCUGCUGGACGAGCACGACGCCGUCAGCGCCGCCUUCCAGGCCGGGGUGCUGUCCCCCACCAUCUCGCCCGGCUACUCCCACGACAUGAACUCCAUGGCAGGCUCCCCCGUCUCCUCCUAUUCCUCCGACGACGGGUCCUACGACCCGCUGAGCCCCGAAGAGCAGGAGCUCCUGGACUUCACCAACUGGUUCUGAGCUCUGGCUGCAGCAGGACUGUUGCAAAAACAAAAUGCAUUUUUUCCCCCAGCGGAAGGGGAAAUACAUAGCACACGAGGAGCUUGUCUCGCCUCUCCAAGAACACUGAAGCACUCACUGCCUUUGCACUCCGGUCAGUUUCACAAGACCAAGAUGGAUCUGAAAGCUGCGGGGACCACGGCACGAUGAAGCAUGUGUCCUCAAAAACAUGUGUCAUCCUAUCCAUCUAAGGAAGAGCACUGCCUAGCCUCAACAUAGAGAGGGGCUCUUUCCCCACCCCCCACCCCCACUACAGUUGUAGCCCUUAAAGACUGGUGUUCAUUACACUAUGGCCACAGUUAGUUUCCUAACGUUUGUGGAGAUUUUGAAAUUAAACUAUGCUGUACUCAAAGAACCCUCUAAAGUCACCCCUCCCCCCACCACUUUGACUUUUUCCUACCAUUUUCAUCAUCGAAUGCUUCCAAUCCUUUUUUUGUGAAUUUUUUAUUAUAAGAAAAUCUAUUUGUAUCUAUCCUAACCAGUUUGGGGAUAUAUUAAGCUAUUUUUGUACAUAAGAGAGAAAUUUAUAGAGGUUUUUUGUACAAAUGGUUUAAAAUGUGUAUAUCUUGAGACUUUUUUAAAAAAAACUAUGUAAUGCUUAUUACCUCUUGAUAUUUAGACAUGUAGUCAACAUUACCUUUACCUUACAACUGCCAUUUUUGUAUGUGGUUUUGUAAAGGACUUGGAAUUCCUCCAGAUGUACUUUAGCACCAACGUGUCUUACUUUAUAGAAACUUUGUUAAUGUAUUAAUAAUGUUUAUUAAACAAUGUUCAAAGUGAACAAAGUUUAUGCAGCUAUUGUCCAAACACCAAAAUGGUAGCCAUUUGUUUUUAUAUGCUGCCUUUUGAAAAAAGAGAAAAAAGGAAGAAAAAAGCCCUUAUACCACUGCCUUUUCUUACUGUUUUAUUACAAACUUACAAAAGUCCUGUAUAACCAUGUUUUAUAC